AUGAUUAAGGACAUGAUGAGUAGGAUGAGUUUGUUUCUUGCGGGUAUAGGUCUUUCUUCAAGCAAAGAGGGUCGGGAAAUAAAGCUUAUUGGGGACAUGGACAUUUUGAGGUUGAUGAUCUAUGUGGAGAAGGUUGAGAAGGAAAAGCUAAGGGAUAGAGAGGAGUUCAAGAACAUGAGAGCUAAGACAAGAAAAGAGUCCGGGCAACAAAAGAUAAUGCCAACCAUUCAUCCUUCAAACAGAAACAGAAGGGGUAGUGUGGCACAAGGGGGUAAGCCUCCUGCCUGCGCCAAGUGUGGUAAAAACCACUUUGGUGUUUGUCCUGAGGGCUCCACUAGUUGUUUCAAGUGCACUCAGAUGGGGCCUUUCAUGAGAGAGAGUCCAAAGAAUAAGCAGGGAAGUGGUAAUGGGGGCAAUAUAACCCAGUAUUCAUCAGUUGCUCCAACUGGCAGGGUUUCACCUAGAGGAGCUAGUUCUGGUACUGGCAGAGGAACAAAUUGCUUGUAUUCUCUCAACAAUAUCCAUGAGCAGAAGGAUUCACCAGAUGUUUUCACUGGUAUGAUUUAA